GAUAACUUAGUUUUGGAGCUGCAGCAGAAGAGUUGAGCAAAGACACAAGAGGUUCAUCAGGACGAGGAUGGAGGUUUUGUUCAGGAUGAAGAUGGUCUGGGUCGUUCUGAUGAUGCUGUGUCUUCAUCACAUGUCCUGCUCUUCUGCUCAGGAGUGUCCAUCCACCCAUGACCUGCUGAACUCUCUGCGGCAGGUGGAGAAGAUGUUGGCGGUCCAUGAGGCGUCGUACCAGCAGGGCCUUCGCUCCCUCAGGAAGAAGAUGAGCGCUCUGCACAACAGCACCAUGGCCAUCUUCAAGGCUGGCGCAACCUGCCCCAAACCAGAGCCCCCCGCUCACGGCCGCAGACUGGGCAGAGUGUUUGGUGUCGGACAUGAGGUCCACUUCCUGUGCAAGCCUGGCUACGAGCUGAUUGGCCCGCGGACCCGAGUGUGUCUGGAGUCUCUGAGGUGGAGCGGCCAGCAGCCAAUGUGCAGACGCUUCAACAGCACCGGAAACUCCCUGGCCUCCUUCUCUCCUGCUGCUCCUUCCUCUUCUUUCUCUGGCUCUGCAGCUCUGUCAGCAUCCUCCUCCUCUUCCUCCUCCUUCUCCUCCUCUUCAGCAUCUUCACCUUCUCCUGUCUCCUCUUUAUUACCCACGUCUUCCUCCCCAUUCUCCUCCAUCCGUCCAUCUCACUGCACUCACUUCCUGGGCUCCACCCGCUGCACCUGUGAUGUGGGUUUCACCAUAUCAGGCCGCGACAACAACAUCUGCACAGACAUCGACGAGUGUCAUCUGUUCCCUCUUGGUCAACCCGGCCGGCUCUGCAUCCAUCAGUGUGUAAACACUCCCGGCAGCUUCCACUGCUUCUGUCCAGACGGCUACGACAUCUCCAGAGACGGCCGCAGCUGCACAGACAUCGACGAGUGUGAAAUCCGAAUGCACAACUGCACAGCAGACCAGCUGUGUGUGAACACCCACGGAGGUUUCCAGUGUGUGACGGUGCAGUGUCCGCAGAUGAAAAACGCCACGUACAUCAAGACGUCGCCAAUGUAA